CUGGCGGGCUCGCUCCCGCCUCGCGUUCCAAGUUUCGGCAGCUGCUCCGUCUCUCCCGGGUCGCGGUGCUGCCGCUGCUGCGGAUCCCGGCCGCUGGCGGCCACCCCGGCCCGGUUCGGCCCGGUUCCCCUCGGCCGGUACCCGCCAGAUGCCCGAGGAGGAUGAAGGGGUACCCGGACCAGCAGGUGCCGUUCACUUUCCCGCAGCAGCCCCCGGGCCCGGCGCUGCCCGCGGGCCGAGCCGUGCUGGGCGCUGGCAGGACUACCGGAGAGCCGCCCGUGCCGCCGGAGCAGGACUCGGAAGAGCUCUUCCAGGACCUGCGGCAGCUCCAGGAGACCUGGCUGACUGAAGCUCAGGUUCCAGACAAUGAUGAGCAAUUUGUGCCUGACUUCCAUUCAGAAAACUUGGCUUUUCACAGUCCUCCUGCUAAGAUCAAAAAGGAGCCCCAGAGCCCCUCGGAGCUGUCCUGCAGCCACGAGCAGCCCCUCCAGCACAAGAGCGAGCAGUGCCUUUAUGCCAGUGCCUAUGACCAGCCCAGAGAGUCCCCCAGCCCCGGAGUCCUGAUCCAGCCCCCACUGCAGCAGUUCCCCAGACAGGACAGGAGCUUCCUGAGCCCUGCAGGGCCACCCCACCCCACAUCCAGCUGUGGGUUCCUCAGUGAGAGCAGCUCUGCCUAUCAGCCACCUCUGGAGAUGUGCCAUUCCUUCCCAGCCUCCCAGGAAGACCCUGCUGCCUACCAGUGCCAGCUGCCCAAGCCCUGCCUCCAGUACCCUCAGCAGGGCUUCAAGCAGGAGCAGCACGAGCCCCAGCACGAGCCAGCAGCCCGGGCAGGCAGCAGGCAGCAGUACCCAGCAGCUGUGCUGGUCAAGCAGGAGCAGCUGGAUUACCUGUAUGACCCAGAUGUUCCUGACUGUCCUUCCAUGUACAUAAAUGCUGAGAGUUACCCAAGCCUUUCAAACACAGAAGAUCCAUUAGGCUGCAGCUAUGACAAGCAGAUGAGGUCCUUUACUGAUGAUGUCUGUGUUGUUCCAGAGAAAUUUGAAGCAGGAGACAUCAAGCAGGAAGGUGGAGGGUACCGGGAAGGACCCCCCUACCAGAGACGGGGCUCGCUCCAGCUCUGGCAGUUCCUCGUGGCUCUCUUGGACAAUCCCACCAAUUCCCACUUCAUUGCCUGGACUGGGAGAGGAAUGGAGUUCAAGCUCAUUGAGCCAGAGGAGGUGGCCAGGCUGUGGGGGAUCCAGAAGAACCGUCCAGCCAUGAACUACGACAAGCUGAGCCGGUCUCUGCGCUACUAUUAUGAGAAAGGCAUCAUGCAGAAGGUGGCUGGGGAGCGCUACGUGUACAAGUUUGUGUGUGAGCCUGAGGCUCUGUUCUCCAUGGCCUUCCCCGAGCAGGCGCGGCCGGCGCUGAAGGCGGAGCUGGAGCUCAGCGAGGAGGACACGCUGCCCCUGUCCCACCUGGGUGACAACUGCUCCUACCUGCCAGACCUUGGCAGCUUCCCUGCACAGCUCUACAGCAAAGGCUACACCUACUAGCACUGCUGGGAGUGCAGAGAUGGAUGGUUGGUGCUCAGCGUUCGUUCAGGGCAGCACCGAGCUCUGCAGCCCUGCUUUGGUCAGGACAAGUGUUCAGGUGCACGAGUGGAAAAUCACCUGGCAGCAGACAGGGCUCUGGUGUGCUUGUGAUAAAGUUUCUCAGCUGUGCAGAGAUCUCAGGUGAUUGGUGCCUCCAGAUGUAUCAAACCUGUCACAAUCCCCUCAUUGCACAGGGAGGGGAUGCUGUCCCACCAGGGCUUUUUUCAUUCAGAAAAAUGAGGAAAAUGAUGAGAAUGCUACAAUGCUGCUGCUGACUCUGCUCCUCCUGUACAUGUCCUGAACCUCUGCAUGACCUGCUUUCAGCUCUGACCAGAGAAACUCACUCUGAAAGGCCACUUAAGCCUUCUUCCCAGGAUGGCUGCAGGACAAUGGUCACAGAGCUUGUGCCUUCUUUGAGGAAUACUCGUUGUCUUGUACAUGCAUGCUCCUGCCUUAUCACCUCCUUGCUCAUGCCAGGAGUUUCUGGUAUUCUGAGCAGAGUAGGUGGAGGCCUUGGCCAGGAUUAGAGCAGUCCUGCAGUCCAUGGCCCAAAAGCAUUUAGGGGAACCACAGGGGAGCUUGAUUGCAAUGGUUUGGGGCACAGCUCAAAGCCAAUGCCUCGUUCAGGCAGAGGGAUUGUGGGAAGCAGCAAGGCCUGGGACACAGCUCAGUGUAGUGGUGUGGCUUUUCCAAACUGGAAAACUUCUUCAACAAACAUUCUCAGGAUAUCUGAAGAGCUGCCAGGCUCUGGAGUGUGCCCAUCCUGGGCUUGGCUAGAGAAUUGUCUGAGGCAAGAGAAGAAGCUGGUGGAGAUGUGAUUACAAAAUGCUAUACAAAGUAACCUAAACCAUACAUAGAUCUUAAUAUAGGAAUUCAGACUUAAACUCCACAGAUAUUUGCAUGUUUGAGGGGAAUUCAGAUGUGUUGAAAAGGCAGCUCUCUCUGCAGUCUAAUGCAGCACAUGCAGCUUAACUGAACUGGCAGGUUUUCCACAACAGUAAAUGUUCAUAACGGGUACCACAUCCUGAUUAAGAGGUGUUUAAUUUUUUAAUUAGUUGCUCCACCACGUUCCCAGUUAGAAAGGGAGCAGUACAGUGUACCCAUUCAGCAAAAGUCUGUUUCCACUGCUUCAGAUUGAUGUUUCAGCUGCUGAAUACAGAGCAUUGCCAAUCCUGCCAGCAUGGUAGCCUGUAGAAAAAAUUCUGUAUAUUGACUGAAAGCCUGAUUUCCCUGGAUGACUGUCCCCUGCAUGGCUAAUGCCAACCCUCCCAGCCUCAUCCCUGAGUGCAAGAGCCAUGGAAGGCAGCAUUCCCUGCCUGAGGAGAGGCCAGACACUCAGAGCAGCCUGCUCUGCUGAUGCCUUUGCAGGCCCUGUGCAGACUUGGUGCUCUGACAGUUCCUGACCCUCCUGCCUUGCCCUGCACCUCCCUGGCCAGCACAGUUCCCGUGCUGUCCCAGAAAUGAGGGUGAAGGGGAACCCUUCCUUUGGUAUUAGCUGCCUUUACUAUUUAUGAGUGUAAAAAUACUAUCAUUAAUAAAUUGGUCUGUCUUUGGCCAGUGCAA